CGGUAAGACAUGCUCACUGCAUGCGGUGUGAUCAGUAUAGCAGCGCUCUCUGGUUCUCCACAUCUCAUUCUCUAGAAGAUGGCGGACUGCGCUUCACUGUUAGAUGAGGAGUUCUCUUCAUUCGUCUUCAAUUACUUGACUGAAAACUCCGGGAGCCAGUUUGGGGAAGAGGAGGUCUCCUCAGGCCGCCUAGAUGCUGACUUCCCCGACUUCGACCUCUCGCAGCUGGACGCCAGCGACUUUGAUUCGGUGAACUGCCUGGGCGAGCUGCCUUGGUGCAAUGAGCAAUCAGACCAAUCCCCUGCCUCCAUACAGUACAGCGCUGGAGACCCAGAGCUAUUUGAGGAAGAAAAUGCAGCGCUGCUCGCUGCGCUCACAGACAGCCUGGACGGCAUUGUAGAGGAUGGAGUCGGGGGUCUGUCUGUGUUCCCUUCGCUGGGGGAAGACCCUGAUGAGGGCGAAGAGGACGAAGACGACCUCGAUUUGGACAGUGAGCCCCUCACUGGCUCACUGAGCCCAGAGACAGAAGACCCGUCUCUACUAAAAAAGCUCCUGCUGUCGCCCCCUAAUGUGCCUGUGAGCCUUGAGACGCACAAAAAUGGCAGCGCGCAUCGCCAUAGCAGCAGGAUUCUGCACGUCAAGCCCGCGAGGCCUGUGCUGAAGAAGGACAAGACAAGCACACAAGACCGUAGGCUGCGACCAGUGAGACCCGCCGGGCGUCUUUGCACUGAACUCCAUCGCCACCUCACCACCGCACAGGAAGCGGAGGACACGCCUUCCGCAGACGAAGAGGAGGAAGAAGAAGAGGACAGUGACUCUGAAGAGGAAGAGGAGGAGUCAUCCAGCAGCGAGGGCGAGAGCACGGUGUGCGUCGAGCCACCAAAGCCCCAGUUCACCUCAGAAAAAGAACUGCAUUCUGUAGUCGAGCUCAUCAAAUACAUGCACACAUACUGCGUGCCGACACGCAAGCAGGCCGGCUGGGAUCGCAAAGAGCGCGAGGCGCAGGCACGUAAGGCCAAAUCCGAAAACUCUCAAGUUUCCCACAGCCUUCCUCAGAACUCUCACAAGCCCACCCCCCAAAAUUGCAAUAGCGGCGCGUCCAGGCCACGCGUUCCCUUCACUCGCCGCAGGGAAAUCAAAGCCCACUCCCUGCUCAAGGAACUACUGGAGGCCGUCAGCUCAUUUGACGUAAGCAAGCCUUACAGAAUGCACAGCCCUCCUUACAGCCACGGCAGAGGGGACGUGGCACAGCCCGACCGUGAGGUUAUUUCCCCCUCCGCACGCCAGACUAAAGCCGAACCUAGAGACUGUGAGAGCUCGCAAAAGGCCCCAAAGCGUCCCAAGAGCCCCGAGCCCGAGGAGGGUUCCUUCUCGGUCAGGCGCUCUCGCCGGCUUGCUUCUUUUCCCAGCAGGUUCGCUAAGAGGGUCCGCGUGAGCUGCGACCGGUCAGAACGAAGUACUGGGCAUUUCGGCGAAGAGGAGAAUGCGGUCAAACAUCCUCCCAUAGAUGAUCCUGACAGCCAGAAGAUCAACAUCCUCAAAAGUCCUGGCACUCAUAACCCUUGCUGCAGUGACGAGAAACGCGCCUGCCUCUGUCUGCCGCUGGCUUCCAAAUCCAACGGAGACACGCAGUAUGCCACCAAGUCCUUUGAGCAGACUCUGUGCAUGGAGCUGUGCGGCACAGCAGGCCUCACUCCCCCCACCACACCCCCUCAUAAACCAGUGGAGGACGAGCUCUUUAAACCAGACGGCAAGGCUGAGAUCACCACCAAGAGCUCGUGCCUGGCACGGGCGCACAUACGCAAGCUCCCAGAGCAGACAGAACUGUACGCCCAGCUGCGCCGGAUGGACCAGACCGGUGAUGCAGAAUGUAAGGGCGGCACGCAGCGGGCGUACGGGGACCACGACUACUGCCUACUGGGACUGGGGGAGAGUCGCAAGAGAACAGCAGCAGUGCUCGGCACCAUCGUACCCCGCCGAAAGAUACAAGAGAGCAACGGGGUGAUGGAGGGACAGGGGGAGAAGCUCGUAAAUAAAAUGACCGAAUACCAGCAGAGGACUGAGGCAGAGGAAGAGCUGCAGGAGAACCAGACCGCAGCAUUACCGACACUCAGUCCGGAGCAGACCAGCGAACCCACUCCGGCCUGUUCACCCACCCAAGAGUUAGAUGCACAGUCCCCGGUGUCCUGCUCGCCCCCCUCCCCCGGCUGCAAAAUUUCCUUCAGCAGUGAGAGCUCUGAGACAUGCCAUGAAACAUCGGAUAAAAGAAGCAAGAUAAAGUGUGGACAAGAGAAUGAUGUGAACAAGUGCCAAGUGAUCUACAUUCACAACCUUCCGAGCAGCGUCACUCAGUCCAUGCUGCGUAAGCGCUUCGAGGCCCUUGGUCACCCAGAAGUGGUCAUCAAAGACGAGGAGCGUUGUGGAGUUAUCACACUGCGGCCCUCUCAGAACGGCCCGACUCAACGGCACAGGUGGGACUCGGUCAGUCCGGGCGGAGGGAACGGCAGUCGGCGAUUCGGCAGGAAGCGUUACAUAGAUCUGGAUGAGGCAGGUCCAGGACCAGUAAAGAGCAAGUAUGAUGCAUUGGACUUUGACGCUCUACUAAAGGAAGCGCAAAGAAGCCUGCAUCGCUGACACGCCUUAGCACACCUCCAGCGUCCCCGCCCUGUCCGAGACUCGACUCAGAACCUCAACCAAGGCACCUCUUCAUGUUUACAUUUGAAUAAAAAAAAUGGACCUUGUAACCGAGGAUCGGAGGACACUGGGGCAGGACGACACAACAAACACAAACAGCUUUGAAAACACGGACACAAGUGCUGCUUCUCGCACGCGUCUGUGACCCGGACGUCAUCCGUGACAUCGCGAGCGGCUCAGGCUCGGUAGCAAACCGCACUUAUUUCCGUUGGUUGUCGUGACGUGUGUGUGCUUUUCUAAUUUUGUUUUUACCCCUUUGUCACUCUUCAUAGACCUGCAAGGUGCUUUUAUCAUUUUGUCGUAUAAAUACAAUAUAUAAAUAAUAACUGCUUUGUAUUAGCGAAACUUUGUGGAUGUUCAACUCCGUGUGUGUGUGUGUGCGUGUGUUACGAUGAAAAGUGGAUUAAAAGCGGAUUAAAAAAAACGACACAAAAAAUCCUUACAAGGUAGAGUUUACAAAUCAAAAGGAAAAGAAAAAAUUGUCUUUUUGUAAUUUUAGUGCUUCCUUGAUUUCAUCUAUGCACUCAAACGAGGUAGUGUUUCUUUUAUCCGGUGUCUGACCUCCUCUGGUUUAAAAGGGGCUUUUGCUGCUGGCCGCCAGAGACAUCCGAGCCAAUAAUCUUUUUUCCAAACCAACCUGAUCCCCAAAGGUGAAGUGUGUCAUUUUUUACAAUCGUAAAUACGUUCGCUUAUCCUCAUAGAGCAUUUAAAGACGAUUCUAAGCAGGCCAAUCCCCCAAAAACUAAACACUGCCUGCGUCCCAGAUCACAUAUUAUACAUCCCAAUAGUAUUCAAAAUUAGAAUUAAAGGUGUAUUGUGUAACUUUUAGAAGGAUCUCUUAACAGAAAUGCAAUAUAAUCUACAUUCUGUAUUAUCAGUAGUGUAUAAAGACCGUACAUAAUGAACUGUAUUGUUUUUAUUACAUUAGAAUGAGACGCUUUUAUCUACAUACAUCGCAGGUCCCCUUACAUGAUGUUUCUACAGUAGCCCUAAAUGGACAAACUGCUCUACAGAGCGCAUUUUGUCACUACGUUGUCUCAUACGAUUAUGUGUUUGUCCUGUUGUGGCUACCGUAGGUUUACUAUGUGUUUACCAAGUGAGGGAUGAGCUAUGAAGUGGGCUAUUGGUUCCAAUUCACAAUCUCACCACUAGAUGUUGCUAAAAACUACACAGUGGACCUUUAAUCGUAGUAUGUUAAGUAUCUUUAAAGUUAUCGGAUGGUCUUCUGUUUUUGAUGAAAAAGCGUCUGUGCACACUCAUACCGUUCAUAUAGCUCAUUACGAGGGUUCGGAGCCGAUGGUGUAGUGGGCAGCGCUCCGACAUAUGGUGCAAACGCACUUCCGGCGACCCGAGUUCGAAUCCCGGCUCAAGGUCCUUUGCUGAUCCCAUACCCCUCUCUUAACCCUCUACUUUUCUGCCGUCUAUCAAAAACUACUUUCUAUCAAUAAAAAGGCAAAAAUGGCCAAAAAAUAAAUAAAAAUAAAAAACUCAUUACGAGGGGCUGGAGUUUAGUUGCGCUACACAGAAUUAACAAAUUAAAUAGAUGAUGCAUCCCUGAAUCUAUAAAUUAUACUAUAUGGUAAACAUAACAUGACAAAUAAUGAAUAAUAAUUGCAAAGAUGAAAGUUGAUCACAGCGUCGUCCAUGCAACAGUCGUCACUUCCGCUUCGUGUUAACUCUUUCCCUGCCAAUGACAAGUUUUACGACAAUCCAUAUUUCUGCUGUUAUCCAUUAGAUGGCGCUCUUACCCAGCUUAUAAAACACUGAAGCAUCCACUGAUCCAAAAACAGUAAAGAACACUUUUGAAGAAACCUUCCCAUAUUUGAGAUCAAAAGAGAACAAAUGAAGAUAGGAUGAAACGUUUUUUUGUUUUGUUUUGUUUUUUCUUUUUAAAGCAGAGGGUCUGUUUUAUCAUUUGAUUUAUUGUAUGUUUAUAUAAUUUAAAAAGAAGAGUUUCUUCAAAAAUACCACAUUUUGAGCAAAAAGCUGAAAUAAUUGCAUUUUUGUAAAUGACUUUUGUUUAAAAGGGACAUUUCACAAGACUUUUUAAAGAUGUCAAAUAAAUCUUUGGUGUCCCCAGAGUGACGUUCUAGCUCAAAUUAUCAUAUAAAUAAUUUACUAUAGCAUGUUAACAUUGCCACUUUGGAGCAAAAAUGUGCCAUUUUUGGGUGGGACCUUUUAAAUGCAAAUGAUCUGAACGUUGCACUAAAUGGCAGUGCCGUGGUUGGAUAGUGCAGAUUAAGGGUCGGUAUUAUCCUCUUCUGACAUCACAAGGGGAGCCAAAUUUCAAUGAUUUAUUUUUCACAUGCUUGCAGAGAAUGGUUUACCAAAACUAGGUUACUAGAGUUUAAGCUGUUGUUGAAUUUGUUUUGCUUCAGUUUUUUAUAAUUUGGGUAAGAGCGCCAUGUAGUGGAUAUUAGCAGAAUAAAAGAUUACCAUAAAAACUAAUCAGGAAAGCGUCAUUGGCAGGGAAAUGUUUUCUCUUGAUUGAUGAGAUAACUUGGCAGGGAAAGAGUUAAUAUCUCCCAAUGUGUGCAUACUCUUUUCAGUAUCUACUUUCCCAACACAAAACAGUACAUACUUUUAUGGCAUAGUAUAAGUAGGAAAAUUGAAACGCAGUACUGUCUCUUAAAAAUAUGAUAAAAUUUGCUCAACCAAUGAUGUGUGUUUGGGGAUGGGACUAUCUGUUUUUGUCUAAACAAUAAAAAGUUUAGUUUCAUGAAAAGUAAUUUAAUUUGACCUUUUAUUGCACUUCUGUUUGGUAAUGCAGUAAUGACACACUUCACCUUUAACGAUUUUACUUGCGUUUCCAGUCCUUUAACAACCCUCUAACAAUUAAUUAAGUACCAAUCUCACGAAAAUAGUCAUGCUGUUUUCUUUCCUAAUGUUUAAUGGAAUGCAAUGUACCGUCACAAAUGCGAUUGUAGCGCCUGUUGCGUCCAUCCUAUCGGUGUUCAUUUGAAAACGCAGUUUAAUGUUAAGAUUCUCCCAGCAGCUUAGCCCAGGGACAUCCAGAAGAAGAAAAGUCUAAUGGCUCUCGUUCUUCUGGAUGUUCACCCAGUGAAGUUCACCUGCCGGCAGUUCUUGAGAGAAGGGUGGCGGUAAACUUGGAGGAAGAUCUUUAUCCAGAGCUCAAUCUCAAUAGAGAUACGAUCGUAUCUCUGCUUUGUUUACAUGUCACUCUCUCAUAUUUCUCUCCAAGCUCAAAUACUCACUUUUAUAACGAAGAUCUGCGGGUUUUUCUAGCUCUUACUUAGUGGCUAAUUCUAUAUUUGUCCUCUAUGUCUGUUUUCUGAAGUCUAAACGUGUACCUGUGUAUAACCUCGUGCGUCGUCCGUGUCUUUUACCGGGUUUAGGAACAGGUUUGAUAUGCUGGGAGUUGAAGUCUGUUCUCUCCCACUUGUCACUUUUAUUCUGCGGGGUUCAAUCCUAACCCUGUUGUUAUAGUAUAGUUGUGCGCGUGUGUGUGUGUAUGAGUGUGUGCUGACGUAGAGAGGAUUGUCUGCCUCUUUACUCUCGCAUUAUCCCUGCCUCUCCCUUUAUCCAGUCGCCUCCUUCGAAACAACACCCCAAACCUGAAUGUUUACAUGAUCGAAUUGUCUUUUCACUUUACUAGAGCGCACACAAACUACUGAAGCCUUAUUCAGUGUUACAGUACGGUAUUAGGAAGUCCCUCGUACGGUACUAAGAAGUUCAUCCGAAUAUUACAGUCGCUUUAUUUGACCAAUUCGAAUCCUGGGAAUUCCUGGGAAGGCCCAAUGAGAUCCUGGGAAAAACUAAACUGAAUGAGUGUGCUGCUUAGUAUGUGUAUACUACUAAACAAGUGAGAGAUUGUGCUGGUUUACAUGAAUAAAUAUAUACAUAUAUCUAUAAGAGAGAUAUAUAAUGUGUAUAUAGCACUGUGUCUUGUGUAAACAUGAGAUAUAUGGUCAUGUGCUGUAACUUGUGGUUUAAAGGGUUGUUAUUAUGUUUGUAAGAGCAGAGUUUAAUGCAGCGAUAAGCAAUACAGGGAAAUCCAGAAGGGAAAAUUCAUUGAUAUGGCUUCAUAAGUCGAUUACAGUUGUAUAAAGUAUCCCUUUAGAAAUGAUUUUUUUAACAAUUUUAAUAUGUUUGUUUUAUUUUGAUUUUUUAUGCAAUUGAGAUGCAAUACCGCUUAUCUAAGAGAGCCUUUCUCACAAAAGAAAGGAUUUAUUGAUGAGAUUGGUUGGGUAUCAGGGGAAUUUACGAAAAGAGAUCAAGUACUGCAUGUUGUAGAUCGUGGUAGAAAUACGAUGAAAUGGAAAAAAAUCAUUGACGUUUAGGAUCACUAGCCAAGAAGGACUUUUUCUAUGAGGAAAAAAAUUCCCAGAUAGCCCAGUCUCACACAAGGAGAGCCUUAAACUUUAGUGGGGAAAAAAGCUACCAGUCUGAUCUCCUUUACAAUCCAAUGUGUUUUUCGAUACAGCCAUAUUAUAAAAGGUAUAUACAUAUAUAUGAUUAUAUAUAUAUACACAUACAUAUAUAUAUAUUUGUGUGUUUGUGUAGAUAAAUAUAUAGAUAUAAUUUGUUAUAGAUCAUUUUAUUCAGUGUUUCAAAACACUUCAAUACAUUUCAACUUACACUGUCGAUCUAGAAUGUACAGGUGAUCCAAAUAAAAUAUAUAUAGAUAUAUAUUGAAAAAACACCUUCCAAAGGGAACCUUUUUAAAAUGCAAUACAUUUUUUUAUUUCCAGUCAUUUCAGUGAUCGUUAGACAAGUUGACCAAAAAAUACAUUUGAUGUUCGGCUACAGUAGAAUUGUGGUAUCACAUCAAAUCCAUUUUACGAAUGUCAUGAUCGUUUGGCCAGGCCCUUAAAUGUAUGCGUGUGUGUGUUUGUGUGUUGCAUUUCUUUAUAUUUCAUACUUCAAGUCCAUUUUAAUUCACUACAUCUAUCAUCAUACACAUUUGUUGUUCACACACUAAAAAAAGAUUUGUUUGUUAAACAAAUAAAGUUAAUUCAACUUAAAAAUAUCACUUAACUCUGAAAAGUUGUGUCGACUAACAUUUUAAAGUUGAAUUAACUCAAAAUUUUAAGGCAACCAGGUAACUUACAUUUUUAAGUUGAACCAACUUAGUUGUCGAGAAUAUGCCCUCUGAAUCAGCAAUUAUAUUGGGGAAAAUAACAUUGUCUGUGCUAUACCUUAAAUCGUGUUUAUUAAGAAGUGGAUGUAGAAUUGGGUGCCAGAGCAUUAGUUAAUGAUGUCAUUACAUCCAUGUCAUAUUUUAUUGCUGCUUCAAGAUCUUGUCUUUAGUCGAAACAAAAUCUGAGUAAAAGGGCAUGUGUUGCUUUGCUCAUUGUCUUUUUUAUUAUUUACAUCUAAUGACUAUCAAAUUCACUAUGAUUUUUCUUUUUUAACCUAGUUUUUGGUAAAUACUGUUAGUAAGAUUUUAUAUUUUUACAUUUGUUUUUAUUUGUUUUGAGUUUUUUAUUUAUAUGCCACUUAGUUUGGAUGUCUUUUAAAUGGUGUUGGUUUAUCCUUUUUUUUUUUGGUAUUGUGUGAUUUCAUGUCUUGAGAAUGUGGAGACGAAUGCAUUUCAGUAUUUUUAAAUUGUUAAAAUCUAGUUUCCUAGAUCAAAUUAUCUAUUUAGUGGAAAUUAUUUGAUGUCAUAAAUUAUAUUUUAAUUCAUGUAAAUAGCGGAAAAAGCAAAUGAUGGCUUCCUUUUAAACUGAACACAUUUCUCUUCCGAGAUUGUUUACAUUAUUAAACUGUAGAAACUGAUCCUCAUAUACUGUAAAAAGUGCAUAUAUUCAUUGUUUUGCCUCAGAAAAAUAAAAUCCAUAAUGAAUA